AUGACCCUCCUCAAAUCCCUCCUCCUAGCCACCAUCCUGUCCCUCUCUGCCUCCGCCGCAGAAGACAACUGCCCCACAGGCUGGCUCCCAAACACCUUCAAGCAAGAACGCUGCUGUCCCGGCGGGAUGGUCAUCGACGAACAAGGCGCCUACUGCUGCGUCCAGGAUAUGCGUCUCUACAAAGAAGCCCUCACCAACUCGGCACUCCUAUACGAGACCGCUAGCACGACCUCCGACUCAAAUAUGGAUUGGACGACACAGAAAGACAUCAAUUCAUGCUACGCGACGGUGCGGUUCACGGCCAGCGACUACUCGGCGCGGGUCUCCUCCGCGGCGAGUAAAGCGGAGGCCACUCCUACCGAUGGAUCGAGUAGUAAGGCUACUGCCACUGCCUCGAGUUCGACGCGUUCGGGGGCUCGUUCUACGGCGGGAUCGCAGACGGCGACGGCGACGGCGACGGCAACUGAGACUUCGAAUGCGGCAAUGUUGCUUGGGCCCGCUGAGGGUUUGCUUGGCGGUGUGGUAUUUGCUGUUGGAGCUUUUAUGCUGUGA